GGGUUGCGGUUAGAAGAGCUCAUCUCAAACGAUCGCCUGACAGAAAAUCAUGUUAAGGAGCAACGCACGCUUCGGCGGGAAGCUCAUUCGAAUAUCAUCGUUCUUGAAGCACGAGCGCUUUUCCAGUAAACAGGUCGCCGAGUCGGCAGAUUAUCUUCCCAUCACUAGCUUCGGUUUCAAGGAGGUGGACAAGGAAGAAAAAGAAGGAAUGGUUCGAGAGGUUUUCUUGAAAGUGGCGCCAACAUACGACUUGAUGAAUGACAUCAUGUCUGCUGGCGUGCAUCGUAUCUGGAAGGACAGCAUCGUCAGCAAGUUAGGAGUAUUUCCCGGAAUGAUCCAUGUAGACGUAGCUGGAGGCACUGGCGAUAUCGGGUUCCGAUCGCUCAGCGCGUUGCGAGCCGCCGAGACUUCAGCUCGCGACAGCAGCUUUCAUGCUCCCAACGUGGGGCCCAAGCCCGGCAGAAUCAUUAUUUGCGACAUAAACUCGCACAUGCUGGUCGAAGGGAAACGGCGCGCCGCGCACCUCGAUCUUACGAACUCCACUGACCGGCAAGGAAAUCGCCUUGCAACUAUCAACUUUAAAGAGGGAAACGCAGAGAAUCUGCCGCUUGAUGAUGGCUCUGUAGAUUUGUACACCAUCGUAUUUGGGUUGCGAAACGUCACCGACACACUUGCGGCGCUGAAAGACGCCAGGAGGGUGCUGAAACCUGGUGGGAAACUUAUAUGUAUGGAAUUCAGCAGCGUGAGAAACGAGUCGUUGCGUACCUUUUAUGAGGCCUACUCGUUUGGGGUGAUUCCAUUGAUGGGCGAGCUUAUAGCUCAGGAUGAAAGGAGCUAUCAGUACCUCGUAGAGUCGAUCAGGAUGUUUCCAAGGCAGGUGGAGCUGGAGGAGAUCAUGCGGGAGGCGGGGUUCAAAUGCGUAGCACACGAAAAUCUUACGGGGGGAGUGGUCGCUUUACACAGCGGGUUUCGAAUUUGAGAAAAAGAAAUCAUAGAGGCUCAACGCCACGGUGGUAAACUUCACUAUCGGCACUCAUGCUGGUGAGCUUCGGAGAGUACAUCAAACGUUAUCGAUGUCCUUACCAACACU